CACCGACGACGGAGGGAAGUCUGCGACGUACUGGUCGACGGACGAGCAGAUGCUCCUCGUCAGAUGCAAGCGGGAGCAGGAGAUGCACCUCGCUGGGCUGGGCCACAAUAACAGCCGGAUGCGGACAAAGGAGUGGAAGUGGGUCCACAUUGCGAAGCGCAUGGCGAACGGUGGGAGCCCUAAAGAUGCAGACGACUGCAUGAAGAAAUGGGACAAUUUGUUCCAAAACUACAAGAAGAUACAGAGGUUUCAGAACGCGAGCGGGCGGCCAGAUUUCUUCAAGUUGUCCAAUGACGAAAGGAAGGAGCACAACUUAAAGUUCCGGAUGGAAAGGGUGCUGUACAACGAGAUCCACUCCGGCAUGUUGGGGAACCAUACUAUUUUCCCUCCCAACAUUGCCGACACCGGCAGUCUGGACAGGGUGCAGCUGCCCAGGAGAGGAGCGGGUGGUGGGGAGUCUGUUGAAAGUGAGGGCGGUGGUGACGGCUGCCCUGAAGAAAGAUCUUCUGCAAGGAACUCCGACGUGAAUGCUUGUAGUGUUGCCGGAGGCGGAAAGCGUAAGAAUGCGCGCCAACAGGCGCUGGAGUCCAUCGCUGAUGUCAUGGACCGCCAUGGCAAACUGAUGUCGUCGAUGAUUGAAUCGUCCAGCAAACAGCAUGCAGCAUUUCAUCGAGGCAGUGCGACAUACAAGAACGGCAAUGCGACAUACUCGCGCAGGAAAUUCGCGGCCAGCAUGUCGACGCGAGGGAGCGCCCGUGGCAUGAAGCGCGAUGCCGCAGCCACCGUCGGGCUUUCGCAGGCGAAAGGUCGGCGCCAUAUCCCGAAAUCGAAGAAGGUGCGCUCCGGUGAAGCGUCAGGAAACGUGCCUGCUCGUGGUUCCGAAGGUUGGGCGGCCGCAGCGGAAAUGGAGUCUGACGACGACUUCGAGAUGGAGGAACCGCAGGCGGAGGCGACGGCAUCGACGGUGCGACAAAGCGCUCGUCAACGAGCUUUUGAUCAAAGCGCGUCGAAGAGGAUGCUCUCCCCUCCACCCGAGGCGCAGCAGGCACGUGGCCGUGAUGCAAGGAAAGACAAGGCUGCUGUCGUCAUGGCGGAAGGCGAUGAUGACGAGACGUUGGAAAGAUGUCGCCAGCGCAAUCUUGCACAAGAUUCCACAGCCCCGUUGAUGACUACACGCCUCCCGGAAAAGGAAGUCGUGCCAGAGUGACGCGCAAUCGAGGGCGAGGCGGCAGGUGCUGCGGGCGGGACUGCCACAGUGAACUCGGCCCCCGUGCCGA